GCUGCAGGAAAGAAUGGGGGCCAUUCUGGAUAACAGUGGUCCCUUUAAGGAAAAACUCAUGAACGAUGAAAGGUUCAAUGAAAUGGCUGGAAACCAAAAGCAGCAAGAAGAUGACUCCUCUAGUGAGGAGGAAGAGUCGGACAUGGGGGGGCAGCCUGCGGAAACUGGCAUCACCACAGAGCAGGUAUGCCUGCCCCCCACUAGUUCUGAUGAAGAAAUAGACUACAGUGAGAGCAGCGGAGUUGGGGGGCAGCUUAUGGCCGAGAUACGCCACCUGGAGUCCCCCAAAAUUUGUGACGACAUUUGUUUUGGUGAUGAAUUACCUGAAGAUGAGCCGAUGGGAAAGAGGAGAAAAACAAAGACAUUAAAGCCAGAGGUGAGGUAUGUCUAUGUGACCCACCCUGCGUGCCCUGGGCCAGCUGAAAAGCCAGCUCAGGGCACGAACCCCACCAUCCUCCCUGGCCCGGUCUCUGCUGUGGGAUCGGUGCGUAGGAGUGGGGAGAAAGAAGUGGUAAAGAUGGCGCAGGACGCCGUCCCUGUUUGCGGUAACAGGGGCGGUGAGGAGAAGCAGGAGGAGCCAGACAGGAAGGCUCCCGGGGCGGGUGGCGAGGGGGGCAUGGUUGGUGGUCGGGUGGCUCCGCCCGCCUCUGCUGGGGCACUGGACAAGUGCCGGGUGGAGGUGCGGCGGGGCAAUGUUGCUGCCACUGCCCCCCUUGCAGAGGUCGUUGCCGGGAUCCCUGUCCUGGGGUCUGCGUCCUCUGCCCCGGUCUGCUUCGCCGCUCCCAUGCGCCAUGCAGUCCCCCCUGUCGGUUUUGGCAUGGCGGAGGGGGACGGGGGGCCGGGGGUGGUGGGGAUGGCUUCCCUUCCGCUGGUAUUGUAG